AUGUCCGCCUCGGUGAUACCCCCGAUGAACAACGGCUCGUACGACCGGUCGCAUUCCCAAGCACCUUCCAUUCCGGACACCGUCCCCCAGCACUCGCGACCCUUCUCCCAGACCCCUCAGGCCUCGCAACAGUCCCAACAGCCCCCUUCGCAGCAAUCUGCCUCCCUUGCUUCGGCGGCGCUACAGCCAACGCCGACACAACCACGAAGUGUUAAACGGCCUCGGCCCGUCAAGUCUUGCACCGAAUGUCGCAAGCGCAAGCUCAAAUGCGAUCGAUCCUGCCCGUGUUCGCAAUGCCAAAAAUCGAGCCGACAAUGCAAAUAUGCCGCCGACCAGGACGGUGGCAACACCUCGGACCUGUCCGACGGAGAAACCGUUGACGGACAACGAGCACAGAAACGCCCUUGCCACCCCACGCCGACGGGGCAACAGCCCUCGCAAUUGCUGGGGCCCCUCGAACCGCCUUUUAGCACCCCCAUGAGGAAUGGCGAUGUAGCCGUCCUCGCCGGCAUGACAUUGGAGGAGCUAGCCAUGAGGGUUGACCGGCUGGAAAAACAUAGCAGUACUCGCGUCAUGGUCAACUUGUUUGACGAAGCGAAACACUACCUCGUGAACUGCAAGAGGAUCGACAGCCUUCGUGAUAUAUUCGACCGGCUUGAAGCUCUCCAGAAGCUUUUACGAGACGAAACCCGAAAAGCGAUUGCGCCCAUCCCCGUUUUCGUCGAUUCCAUGUUACCGAUACAAAAGAGGAUGACGGACAUCAUGCCCUCUAAAGCCGUCUGCGAUAGGCUUCUCUCGGCGUAUAUCGACACCAACGAAAUUAUCUACAGGAUGGUGCACGUACCGACCUUUAAGACACAGUACAACCGCUACUGGGAGAACCAAGUCCAGUACGAAUACUUCCUUCCGCAGCUGCUCACCGUCCUUGCCAUCGGCUCCCGAUUCGUUGCCAGCGCCAAGGGUCUGAGCCACGAGCGCCGGGACGGUGUUAACAUUCCUACGGCGUGCGCGUUGGUUCGCACCUGGCUCAACAACUUGCGAGGGAAGCAGCUGGUAGAGUUUAGUACUCUGCAAACCGAACUGCUGCUCCUCCACGCGCGAAGGCUCACGUCGCUCUCGAAUCUCCACGAAACCUGGUCACAGCUCGGGUUCAUUGUCCGGAUGGCCAUGACGAUGGGUCUGCAUCGCGACCCGGGCGAGUUUACACAGGUGAGCGCGUUCCAAGGAGAGAUGAGGCGGCGGCUGUGGUUCACCAUCUUGGACAUGGACCUCUACAUCUCCCUUGCGAGCAACCUGCCCUGUCUGCUGCGUGAAGGCGAUUUCACGUGCAAGCCGCCGAGAAACCUGGACGACGCCGACCUCUUUGAGGAGAUGAAGAUGCUUCCGCGGGAAAAGCCGAUUGAGCACUCGACCGAGUGCCAAAUACAAGUGUACGCCACGUUGACGCUGCCGCUACGAAUCAAGGUUACGCACCUGGUGAACCGCGUGGAGACGCUCCCAGAUUACGGCGAGGUCUUGGAACUGGGCCAGAAGCUCGACAAGUACAUUGAAGACCUCAGUUUUCUCUUCCCCGAUAUGGUUAUCCUGAGGUACCUGGACGAGAUGGAUCCGAAUCUGCCCCACUACGACGAGACGUGCGAUAUGUAUAUCCAGAUCCUCAAGCAAGACAUCAUCCAGGCCGCCUUUAGCAUCUGCUGGCACAUUCUCAACAUUGUCCGGCAGAGCCCGAUGAACGGCGUGUCGGGCCGUAUGACGCCCGACGGACCAACGGACCAGCUGGACGACGUGAUGCCGGGAACGCCGUCACGGCUCAUCGCGACGGUGCAAAAGACUCUAGAUCUCCUAGUUCGAAAGGCGGCGAUGUGCGACCUCAAGGACAUCAUCCCCUCGCGCUUGCCGGGCUACACCGCCCAGAGGCGAUGGGGCUGGUUCUGGGACCAUCCGCAGGCCAGCACCACCACGCGGUAA